AGAGGGAAGGAGAAGGAGGAAAAAGAGGAGGACCAACAUCCACCAAGCCUCCCUGGUGUGAGGUUUCUUGGCUACUGACGUGUGCGCACGACUCUCGUGGCAGGAUGAGUUCGUGCAGCAGCCGUGCGUUGACCAUCCUGUCCACAGUGUUCGGAGCCUGCGGGCUGCUGCUGGUGGGGGUGGCCGUGUCCACAGACUACUGGCUGAUCAUGGUGGAGGGCAUCAUCCUGCAGCAGAACCAGAGCAUGGAGGUGAAGAUGGCGCUGCAUUCAGGCCUGUGGAGAGUUUGCUUCGUGGCGGGAACAGAAAACGGGAGAUGUGUUGCAUCCGAGUACUUCACUGAACCCGAGAUAGAGAUCACCACCGAAAACACUGCAAACAUCCUCAAGAUGGUGCGGACAGCCACUCCCUUCCCGAUGGUGUCGCUGCUCUUUGUCUUCACCGCCUUCGUCAUCAGUAACAUCGGACACAUCCGGCCUCAGCGUACCAUCCUGGCCUUUGUGUCCGGCAUCUUCUUCAUCCUCUCAGGCCUCAGUCUGGUGGUGGGUCUGGUGCUCUACAUCUCCAGUAUUAAUGACGAGGUGAUGAACCGGCCCAGAGAGCCCGAGCAGUUCUUCAACUACCACUAUGGCUGGUCCUUCGCCUUCGCUGCCUCUUCCUUCUUACUCAAAGAGGGGGCUGGGGUGAUGUCAGUCUAUCUGUUUAUGAAGCGCUACGCCGAGGAAGAGAUGUACCGCCCCCACCCUGCGCUCUACCGCCCCCGCCUGUCCGAGAGCAGUGACUACAGCGGCCAGUUCCUCCACCCAGAAUCCUCCUGGCCUCAACCGAAGCGAGGCCGCAGCACCUCUGAAGCCUCCAGUGACAUCUCCAUCCAGCUCAACCAGGCACCACCAGCACCCCCCAAAAGCAGCCUCCAAGGGCAGGGCAGCCCACCUUCUGGGUCGUCCUCCGCAGGGAGCUUCCAGAUGCCUCCACAGUCUGCUGGCUACCCCACCACGCACACCCUCACCAGGUCGCACUCCUCACACCCCCAAGGCCAGGCUCUCCCCAUGGCAAUGCCUCCAUCACCCGUACCUCCCCCUCACUAUCACACACACAUGCACAUGAGCGCCUCCCCCUGUUAGGAAGCAGGAGCAUCGGGGAGGGAAGAGACACUGACUCCUCAUAAUCACGUACACUGUACAUUUAGCUGUGGAUGAGAGUUAAUGCUGAGCUUAGAGCACAGAUCAUGUGAGAUGAAGUGGAGGGAGAGGUGAUCAAACAUAAUAAAAUGUAGCUUUGGAACAAUAUGAACCAAGGACAGAGGAGGUGUUGGAGAGUAAAAGGAAAGGUUUAACAGGAUUGUGGGGGAUUUGACAGAAACCGUGAUGGACACAGAACAGUAGAAACAGGAGGAAAAGAAAAAGGAAUUUCGGGUUGUCAUAAUGGAAAGAGGCAAAAAGAGUUUCCUAGAAAGACUUUAGAGGUUAGGUUGAGUGACAGAGGAGAUAUAGGAGAGGGAGUGUGAGGCAGGGAGAGCGAGGGGCUGCGGUAUAAUACAAGAUACUGCAGUGCUGCAGGAAAUUUGUAUGCACUUGGAAAUGUACAAUGCAAAACACUGAUCACAAAGACUGAGGAUGCACAUAGUUUUAUACAUACAUAAUUCAUAAAAAUACACGGAAAAAGGUACCUUUUUUUACCAAAAGGUAAAUGUGGUUAUAUUCUUGUCUUCUCUGAAUUUCUUACAUCAUCAGUCCAGUUUCAUAACUCACAAUGUCAAAGUAAUAUUAAUGAUAUUAUUAAUUAAAAAAACAUUAGUUAAACAAUAGAGUAAUUCUUAAAUGAGAACACUGUAUGUGAAUGUUGUUAAUCUUUGUAAAAAAAAAAAAAAAUACAGACAGACAGAAGUGGAUG